AUGAAAAAUAUAGCCUUUCAAAUCAACAUUACCACCACUCCAAAACCACAUGUGACAUUUGGGCAGUUGCGUGAGGGCUGGCCCGAUUCCGAGCGUUAUUUGGAUAUAAAAUCCUAUGAAAGGAUCCCGAAAUGCAAUUGCUACGCCACGAAGGUGACGGUAGAACGUAACGCCGAUUCACAGUACUACGUCAGUACGAAUAACGAAGAGCCGGUCGCCUACGAGGGUUUCUCUGUGGAUAAUGAAUUAUUUUAUGUGGCGAUCCGGGACGACGCUAUCGCGGCCGUCGCCCAAUGGGCGCAGAUUAAUGGGGCCCUGCACCCGAUAGACCGAAUGCAAACGCGUGGCCUGCACGCCCCGGAGUGUGGUAUGAACGACCUCGUGGAGUACAUUCACGGGACGCAGAACAAUCAGAAGGAGAAAUUCCAGCUGGGUCCGACGCCGCCAAAUUGGCGGCUCUACGGGAUUGACAAGACGCAAGAGCUGCUCGGCAACAUUACGCUCCAUAUUUGUCUUCGUCAGAUUCAACCACACAACCAGGAACCAUUCUGGGUAAUCCACGACAGUCCACCAUUCACCGUGCGAGCCGAUCGUGAUUUCCUGUUUGGAAAAACGAUUGAAAACAUCAAGGGUCCGAUCGAUCGCCAGUUUAUCUCUCUUCAAGGAAAAUUCGAAGCCGGUAAAACAAAGGCCAAUAUCACAAUGGAUAUACUUAACAACCAGGGUCACAUCGACCAUACGCAAGAUUUUGAAGCCAAGGAUCUGUCC